GUAAUAAAUUAAUCAUGCUGUGUUGACAAAGAAAGACAUUCAAUGGCUGAGGAUAGCUGUAAGCGCUGUUGACCUGCUACAGUGAAACUCUUCAUCUGCAGCAUGAAGGAGAGGCCGUCUGCUCUUCCCCUCGACUGCCUGGACCACAUCCUGAAACGCCUCAGUGCAACCCAGGUGGCUGCAUGCGCUGCGGUGUCUAGUGAUUGGCGUGCAUCUAUCCAGGCGUCCCCCGGCCUUUGGCAAACCCUGUACAAUGGAAGGUAUGGCGGAGGACCAGGUGGGACUCAGAAUCCACCGAGAAGAGGGAUGGCGGACCCACCCGACUGGAAGGCAUGCCUUGUUGACAAGGAGCAUCGGAAGAGCCUCCUGUUGGGAGACUACCAAUUGCGGACGCUUGAAGGCCACUCCAAAAGGGUUAACGCAUGCGCGAUUGACCUGGAUAUUGUGGCCAGCGCAUCUUCUGAUACAACGGUGCGCUUGUGGAGUCUUUCAAGCAGCCGCUGCCUGAGCACUCUCCAAGCGCCCAACCGCUCGCCAGUGGUUGACCUGCAAUUGGACCAGCACAAGGUGGCGGCUGCAGCGGGGGCCGACGUGGUCCUAUGGAAGCGGCUGUCGGAACCUGGACAGUGCCGCCUCCUCCGCAUUCUAGGGGGCCAUGGUCAGCGGGUGCGUGCGAUAAGCUUCGAUGACACCGACCUAGCCGCCGCCUGCCAGGACGGCACCCUCCGCCUGUACGACCUCUUCAGCGGGAGCAUCACCAGCAUUCUCAGGCCCCACUCAAGCGCAGCACUCACGACGGUGGCCCUGAACGUGGAAUACGACCUUCUUCUCACCGGAUCCUCGGACGGCAGCCUGUGCCUUUCGGCAGCCUCCUCGGGGGAGCGCAGCGCGAACCUGCUGCCACAGCAUCCCGCACAAGAGGUGACAUGUGCACAUCUCGACGCUCCCCGCUCCAUGGUGUUUGCUGCAACACCCCGAGGGCUAACGUGUUGGGACGUCAGGUACGCAAAACCCCUGUGGUCGCGAACAGAUGCCCGAGCCGUUUCCAGCGUGCACCGCCCCCAGUAUAGUUCCAGCUUGGUUGUGAGCGCCAAUCUAGCCGGGGAAAUCCAAAUACUUGAUGCGGGGAACGGUCGGACUUUACGGUCUUUAACGGGAAAAAGUAGUGCCCAGCUUGAGAAGGUAGGCGACACGUUGUCGACUCUGUCCAGCGAGGGGAAAGUAGACAGAGGAGAGAGAGGUUUGCGCGGUUCAGAAACUAGCUCGGCUUCUACGGCCCAGCUUUCAUUUCCACGGAAAAGGCCGAGGGAAGCUUGGGUCGAUGCGUCGCACAGCGGAGGAGACGAAGCGAAGAAAGGGCUUGGAGACGGAGCAGGGGUUGGCCGUACUGCUCCGCUAUUGUGUGUGCGAGCUGGGAUGACAAAGAUUGUGGGUGCGCAUACGGAUCACACACUUACUGCUUACGACUUCAAUCACGGCCAGGGCUAGUAGCCCCAUGUUAGUUGUGCUUCGAAUAUCAUUUGGGCGGAUUGUAGAUUUUAUGAGAGAUUUCAUCGUCAUAUUCUUUGCAGGGGAUGCACCACGCAGACCUAGUGAGGGGAGUACGAAUAACAGUUUUACUACACG